AUGUCGGCCGACUUUGGAAGCAACCUGCUCAAAAAAUUCAAGCUCGUCUUUCUCGGCGAACAGAGCGGUAAGAAUUCAGUCGCUAACAAAAAUGUAUUUCUCGAAUUUCAGUGGGAAAGACCUCGAUCAUCACGAGAUUCAUGUACGAUUCGUUCGAUAACACGUACCAAGCGACAAUCGGAAUAGACUUUCUCUGCAAGACCAUGUAUCUCGAGGACAGAACUGUGAGAACGCCCAGGACGGGAACAUAAUUCCACAAUCGUUUCUUGCUUUUAGAUCCGUCUGCAGCUGUGGGACACUGCCGGACAAGAGCGCUUCCGGUCGCUCAUUCCGUCGUACAUCCGUGAUUCAAGCGUCGCCGUCGUCGUUUAUGACAUUACGAGUGCGUGCAGACAAUUUUAUCGCGCCCGAACCGAAGAACUCUAUUUCAGACGCCAACUCAUUUCAUCAGACAACCAAAUGGGUCGACGAUGUUCGCAACGAGCGUGGAGGUGACGUCAUCAUAGUGUUGGUCGGCAACAAAACGGAUCUGGCUGACAAGAGGUAAGAGAACUUUCUGUUUGUCCAUGUGAAACGUCUUUUUCCAGACAAGUUUCUACCGAGGAUGGUGAGAAGAAGGCGCGUGAUUUGAAUGUGAUGUUCAUCGAAACAUCUGCCAAAGCGGGAUACAACGUGAAGCAGGUAAAAACGCGAUUGGAGUAAUGCAAAAAAAAACCCUAAUUUCAGUUGUUCCGCAAGAUUGCCACUGCGCUUCCGGGAAUCGUUCAGGAGGAGGCUCCAGAGCAGCGUAAGAUAAAAUGCGGGAAUAUUUACAACUCACCGUCAUUUCUUUCAGCGAAUAUCGUGAUCAUGAACCCUCCGAAGGACUCGGACGAAGGCGAAGGACGUCAAUGUCCGUGCUAA